AAGAAUUUAGAAAGGAUUUAAGGUUUCUUCAAAUGAAUAGUCCCUUGAAAACCAAACGCUUCAAAAGUGUUCCCUUGUAUUUCAUUCAAGGAAAGAGUGCCUUGAUACAAUUUCCAGGAAUAACAUUCCAAAUAUUCAACUUCAUUAUAUCCAUUUUGAUAAAACUGAGAAUGCCUCUGUUGAAUGUCCGAGUGUCUUCUUUGAACCAAUACGGUAGCGACAAUGGAAAAGUAUUCUUCUUCUCAUAACUUUGAACAGUCUCCAUUAGAAAGAAUGUAAUGCACGAGGUCCUUGCAACUUCGUCAGUCACGUUUGCUACUGAAAGAGAACGCUUGAAGAAUACUACUUCACUUUAUACAAUAAAAAGGCCAGUUAAAAUGAACUGAAGAAAACAAGAGAGCCGUGAAUCAACCAAACUUUCUCUAUUCUUGUUUGCCUUAGAACGUGCCACCUCUGGUGAGUUCACAAGACUUGAAGACACAAAGGCAAAAGACGCAACUUGGUGAAAGUUGUCUAAAAUGAGGACAACGUCGUCAGGAAUCUAGAAGACCUGCAUCAACUGUUUUGCUUUGUUAGAAACUCCCUCUGGAACAAAAUUCCCAGGUUGGAAUGCGGAGAGAACGGCUUACUUUCUUACUUGUGGCACUGCGUGCUACAAAGAGGAGUGCAGAGUUGAAACGAAUAAACUUUGGUUUGGAAGCAACUGCUCGCUGUUGAGGACCACGUUUAAACAAAGUAUUCAGAUAAAGUUGUUCACAUAAUCUCAGCUACAGUUUAUUCCAAUACGUAAAAUGAUUCAACAUGAGAAAAUGGACUACACGAAUAUUAAAUUUUCUCACAAAAUG